AUGCUCAAAGUGCCCGUUUGCUUGCUUCUCUCGUUCUUUGUGCUCUCGCAAUCGAUCGCCAUUCCCAACCAAAUGAUCAAGCCGGCUGGGGAGUCUUGCCGUGGGGACAACGACUGUCCACCAGGAGAGACCUGCGCCUGCUUUUGGGCUUGUGCCAAGACUGGAAAAUACUGCAUGGAUCUCUCUCAAAAUCAAAACCUCUUGCAACCAUUU